AUGUACCAUCUGGCCAAGUCGCUGUAUCUAUACGCAACCAGCAAAGAGGAAUACUCAGUCCUCCUCCUCGGCCUCGACAACGCCGGCAAAACAACACUCCUCUCGCAAAUCAAAGCCCUCUACCUGCCGCAGCCCGCCGACGGAACCUCGCAAAACAUCGGUCGCACAGUCCCUACAGUCGGCCAAAAUGUCGCUACCAUCCCGCUGCAGGAUAUGUACCUGAAAAUAUGGGACGUGGGCGGCCAAACCACCAUGCGCGGGUUGUGGCAGAGUUACUACUCGAGUUGUCACGCGAUAAUCUUCGUGGUUGAUAGUACGGAUGUCGGCGAAGGGUUGGAGGAUUUUACUUCUGGCGCGGCAGCAGUAAGAGAGGAAGGAGAGUCGCAUGGACGGUUGGGCGAGUGUAGACAGGUUCUCGAGUCGGUGUUGCAGAAUGCUGAUGUUGCCGGGGUGCCGAUUUUGGUGUUGGCCAACAAGCAAGAUCGGGAGGAUUGCGUGGAGGUUGUGCGCAUAAAGGAAGGGUUUGUGAGGCAGGUCUUUGAAGGGGAGAAGGGCGCUGGGGUGAGGGACAGUAGGGUCUUGCCUGUGAGCGCCCUGUUGGGGACUGGGGUGCGCGAGGCCGUGGAGUGGGUGCAGAGCAGGGUUAAGUGGAAUAAGGAGGGACGACCGCCGGUGAUGCGGUGA